AUGUCGCUCGCGAAGAUAAAGCAUAUUGUCCUGGUUCUUUCCGGGAAAGGAGGCGUGGGCAAAUCCUCAGUAACCACACAACUAGCCCUCUCGCUGUCUCUGUCGGGUCAUUCCGUGGGAGUCUUAGAUGUCGACCUCACCGGUCCAUCUAUGCCGCGCAUGUUCAAUAUCGAAGAUGCGAAAGUGACACAAGCCCCUGGAGGCUGGCUCCCCGUCUCUGUCCAUCCCGCAAACCCACAAGCCGGUAUUGGCGAGCUACGCUGCAUGAGUCUGGGGUUUCUGUUGCGGGGAAGAGGCGACGCCGUGGUCUGGCGAGGGCCCAAGAAGACUGUGAUGAUACGACAGUUCCUCACAGACGUACUGUGGGGAGAAAUGGAUUAUCUCCUCAUUGACACACCUCCCGGAACUUCGGAUGAACAUAUCUCGCUCGCCGAAGCCCUGUUGAAAGAUGCAUUGCCAGGACAGGUCGCUGGCGCAGUCGUUGUGACGACACCUCAAGCUGUCGCAACCGCAGAUGUUAGAAAGGAACUGAACUUCUGCGCGAAGACGAGCAUACCGGUGGUCGGCGUCAUAGAAAACAUGGCGGGGUUCGUGUGUCCCAACUGCGCCGAGUGCACGAACAUCUUUGGCAAGGGAGGAGGCCAAGUGAUGGCGGACGACUUCAACGUGAGGUUUCUCGGAGGGGUGCCUAUCGACCCUCAGUUCGUUAUGUUGGUCGAAACGGGAAGACGACCCUCAUAUCCCGAAGGAACAAUCAUCAAUGGCCAAGACUUCCCAAAGGCGCAAGAAACCGGCCACGUUGACUCAGGCGCCCAGGAGACAAAAGACGCAAGCUUGUUGGCGGACAAAUAUCGAAGCUGCUCGCUUGAGCCCAUCUUCAAGAAGAUAACGCAAGAUAUCGUGAGCGCCAUCGGUUGA